AUGAGCAAGAUAUUCUCAAACCUUGAAGUCUUCCAGCACAGCCAACAGGACAGCUGCUGGUCAGUCUCUGAUUUAUACCAGGUGACAGACUUCCUCGUCCGUCAUCCCGGCGGCCCACGGGCUAUUUUACGGUUUGGGGGAGAGGAUGCUACCAAGGAAUUUGAUCUGAUCCAUCCUCCAGAAACCCUACAGAGUCUUCAACCAGCACUCUUAGGGUCUAUAGAGCCUCACACGGAAUCGAAUCUGGGACCUCGACCCAAAGCUGUAGCCACCAAGAUCGAUAUGUGCACGCUUCUGAAUUUGGAUGAGAUAGAAGAGGCCGCCAGAAAAGUUAUCAGUAAAAAGGCAUGGGCGUACUACUAUUCGGCCGCGGAUGACAAAAUCUCAAAGGACUAUAACACCCAAAUAUAUCGUUCAAUCCUGCUGCGGCCUCGUGUCUUUCUCGACUGCCGAACAUGUAAACUAGAAACUCAGCUCCUGGGAUACAAACUUGGUCUACCUAUAUUUGUCUCUCCCACUGCCAUGGCACGACUUGGACAUCCUGCGGGGGAAGCAGGGAUUGCAGAAGCAUGUCGCUCCUUUGGGGCCCUGCAAAUCAUUGCGAAUAAUUCAUCUCUAUCACCAGAACAGAUUGUAACCGAUGCGUUACCGACCCAAGUCUUUGGGUGGCAGCUCUAUGUUCAGCUCAAUCGCCAGGAAAGUGAGGAUAUGCUAACACGCAUCAGUCAGUUGGACCAAAUCAAGUUUGUUGUCUUGACACUGGAUGCGCCCGUAUCUGGAAAGAGAGAAGACGAUGAACGGAUCAACAUAAAGGCUAGCUUAGAAGGAAGCAUCAGCAGUCAUCUCUUUGCUGGAACGGAUCCCUCAAUCACAUGGAUGGAGACACUUGACUGGCUCUCCCGUCAGACCAACAAGCCGAUCAUUCUCAAAGGGUUACAGACUCAUGAAGAUGCAUUGCUAGCAGCAAAGCAUACGCCUUUGGUUAAGGCAAUUAUACUCUCGAACCACGGUGGCCGAUCUCUUGAUACGGCACCCCCUGCAGUCCACACCCUUUUGGAAAUUCACAAGUAUUGUCCAGAAGUCUUCAAAAAGGUGGACGUUUGGGUGGAUGGCGGUAUUCGUCGAGGCACUGAUGUAGUGAAGGCAUUGUGUUUAGGGGCGAAGGCUGUUGGCAUCGGGAGGCCGGCACUUUGGGGCCUUGCAGCUGGUGGAGUGCAGGGUGUCGAACGGACUCUACAAAUUCUGUCGGAUGAAAUGAAAACAUGCAUGCGGCUACUUGGAGCAAAGACGGUGCAAGAUCUGCGCCAAUCUCAUAUCAAUGCUAGUAUUGUGCAACAGCAAAUCUACAAUGGAUCAUUCGAUACGAAUACUGGAAAUUCUUUCUUAUCGAAGGGAAAGCUCUAA